AUGAAAGAUAAAGAUCUUGACAAAUCUAGAUAUCAACCUUCUGAUGCUGAUUAUAUUAAACAGUAUGUUCAGAAUUACAUGAAAGAAGAUCCAAGAGGGCUUUCUGAGGAAGAGAAGCAAAAACUAACUAAUAAGGCAGAGAAGCUAGCUUAAUUAGAUUUAGAAUAAAAUAAGAAAUAGUAAUAAGAAUAUUAAUAGACUCUUAAACUUAAAUAAGAUCAGUAGCAGGUUAAGACUGAAGAUACAUCUUUCAUUUAACCAGAUCAGAUUAAGAAGAUAUUUGAUAAAAUUACUGAAAUUGACUCAGACCCGAAUGGGAAGUCUGCCUAGGAUUUUUAUAAAAAGAUUGAAGAAUUAGAGAAAAGCAAUCAAAAUAAGAAGAAGAGUCAAAUCAUUAUUAAGACAUUAAAGAAAGGUAAAAAUGUUCAAAAUCUUAAGUAUGAUAUGACAGGUGGUAUGGGCAGAUAAAUAUCGUAGGAGCAAAUGAUGUUUGAAAGAAAGCACAUUGAUUUCAAAAGAUUCUAAUUCCCCGAAAUAUGUCCAAUAGACUAUAGAGUCAAACACAAAAAUGAAGAGAUUAAAAUUUACAAUGUCAGGUAUCCAGCUGUUAACUAAGCUGAAAGGAAAGGUAUUAUUCAUUUCCUGCAUGGAUAUGGUGAGCAUGCGGGCAGAUAUGCAUACUUUGCUUAGUAUUUCGCCAAAGCAGGCUACGAUUUCUUUGCUAUUGAUUAAAGAGGAUUUGGUAGAAGUGAAGGUAAAAGAGCAAGAAUAGAAUCAGAGGAAUCACUGCUCAGUGAUUACUAAGGAUUUAUGGAGAAAGUUGAUUAAUCUUAUGGUGAGAAAAAUCUCUCGAGAUAUAUGGUUGGAUAUUCAAUGGGAAGUAACAUAGCAUGUAAGCUAACUUUGGCAUAGCCGAAGAAUUAUUUUCAAGCAAUGGGACUACUAGCACCUUAUUUUUAACUUUUAAAUCAAGAAAUGAUUGAUAAAUACAUCGGAUUAGCCAAGCUUUUGAAUUAUGUAGCCCCUAAUUACUAACUUGCCUCAUUCCCAGUUAAAAGUGAUGGAAGGUUUACCAGGCAUUACCAAAACUUUUUAGACGAUGAAUUUAAUUUGGCAGGGAAAAUUUCAGUAAAUAACAUCAUAGUAGGAGAAUAGAUGAAAAAGAAGUUCCUAGAGCACGAAAAAGAUAAAAUUAUCACACCCUUGAUUAUGAUACUUGGUGGAAACGAGAAUGUAGUAUGUAACAAAACAGCCAAAUAGGCUUUUGAUUUAUUCCCAAUAGAAGAUAAAGCAAUUAUAACUUAUGAUGAGUUAGACCAUUUCAUUAUUCAAGAUGCGGAAUACCUCAACUUGAUUGUUAAUGAUUUGAUUUCCUUCUUCAAUACACAUUGA